UACGUAUACUCAGGGAAGAUCGUUACCCUUCGUACGCGGGGCACAUUCAUACAGUCAAAAUAAAACUUGAACGAAACAACGUACGGUCUUGCUUUUGUAUGUGUGCGUGAGUCAAGGUACCAACUUAACGUCAACGUAGUAUCGCGCCAUUCGCACCGGUGAGAGUGAAGCGACAGGUACGAACGUGUUUUCGCGCUCGAAACAUGGUGCGGACUUAUAAACCAAAAACGACAAGUAAACAAGCAGUGGAUGAAAAAUCCAUGCAGUCAGCAAUACAGGAUGUUAUGCAAGGAGUAUUGUCAUAUAGAAAAGCUGCGGACAAGUACAAUUUGAAAUUGUCAACAUUAGAAAGCCGAGUAAAAAAAUACAAGAAUAGCAAUGAUGCUGAAGGGUCAAGCAAACGUACAUUUGACUCUAAAUAUACAAGUUUUCUAGUGUUUUCUGUGGACGAAGAAAAACUGUUAAAUGAUUAUAUUAUCAAAUGUUGUAAUAUGCAUUAUGGACUUACGACGAUUCAAGCAAGAAAACUAGCAUAUGAGUAUGCCAAAUCUUUGAGAUUGAAAUAUCCAACAAAGUGGGAAGAAAAUAAAAUGGCUGAGAAAGAAUGGAUGUAUGGUUUUCGCAGAAGAAACCCGGAACUCAGUUUACGCAAACCCGAAAACACAAGCGCUGCCAGAUCUUUUGCGUUUAACAAAACUUCGGUUACCGAGUUUUAUAUCAACUUGAAGACAGUGUUGGAGCGACAUCCAUUAACUGCUAACAGAAUUUUUAAUUUCGACGAAUCAGGUGUAUCUACCGUUCUAGCUACUCCCAAAGUCUUGGCUCCAAGAUGUCAAAAACAAAUCGGACAAAUUGUAUCAGCUGAAAGAGGCGAGCUCGUAACUUUUGGUGGCAUUAUAUCUGCCAGUGGAAAUACCAUUCCUCCACUUUUCGUGUUUCCACGCGUUAAUUAUAAAGAUAAUUUUCUGGAAGGAGCACCCGAAGGCAGUCUCGGCGCUGCAAAUAAAAGUGGCUGGAUAAAUAGCGAUAUAUUUGUCUCUGUUUUAAAACAUAUCCAGAAACACACACUCUGCACAAAAGAUAACCCCAUAUUACUGUUGUGUGACAAUCAUGAAAGUCAUAUUUCUCUCGAAGCCAUCAACUACGCUAAAGAAAAUGGCAUAAUUUACCUAUCUUUUCCACCACAUACAUCUCACCGCCUACAACCACUUGAUGUGGGAGUCUUUGGACCAUUUAAAUCAAAGUUGAAAAUUGCUUACAAUAAUUGGCAUAUAAUGAAUCCAGGCAAAGCAUUGACAAUUUACAAUAUUCCAAAGCUUGUGAAAAUUGCAUUUUUCGAAUCAUUUACGGCAAAAAAUAUCACAAGCGGGUUUAACAAACCCGGAAUAUGGCCUCUUAAUGAAUUAGCCUUUAAUGACGAAGAUUUUGCUCCAACUGAGGUGUAUACAUCCGCUAACUUAGAACAUGUGCCUCCUACUCAAAACGUCGUUGAAGAUUUGUCAGCACCUACUCUGCAGCCAAGUGUCUCUAAUAUCUGCCAACUCUCUACUUCUGAAACAAAGGAUCUCUUAGAGGUUCCAAGAGAAUCUACAGAACAAACAAUUAAAUCACCAGGGAUAGUUUAUGAUGAUGAACUACAAAGGUUUAAUUUAGAUGCUUGUGAAGCAGAUGCUUUGAAUAAUUCACCAAUCCAUCAAAUAGUAGCUCCUUUGAGGAUAGUUUUGACACCAGAGGUAAUUCUACCCUACCCGACUGUUGUAAGAAAUAGUAAAACAAACAAAGGACGACGGCCUGGAAAGUCACGUAUUUAUACUGAUACACCCGAAAAAAAGCUAAUUGAGGAGAAACACAAUGAAAAGCAAUUGAAAAAGUUAGAACAGGAAAGAAGGGCUAGAGCAAGACAAAUGAAACGUAGUUUAGCUGAUUUUAAUUUAAAAACGAAGAACAAGAAAGCUAAAAACACAGAAAGUGAUGAAUCCGAUUGUGAUGGAUCUGAUAUAACUUUUCAAGAGAGUUCAACAUCCAUCACAAACGAAGUAGAAACCGAGCAUGACAGUUUUGAAAUGAACAGAAGCCAAUUGACAGUUGAUGUAAGACCAGAAAAUAUUAAAGACGGUUCGUUUAUUUUAGUGAGGUUCCCUAAGAAAAAACGUAUUAUUUACUAUGUAGGAAAAGUUGUCGGUCACUAUAGUCAGACUGAAUUUAAAGUAUCUUAUUUAAGAAAGAAGCCAGGCUUUUCGUGGACAUUUGUUUUCCCUAAUGUUGAAGAUAUUCAUACUGUUUAUAUAACUGAUGUUGAAAUGAUUCUUCCUGAACCUAAGCCUCCAACAGUUUGUACUUCGAGAACAUCAAAACUUUUCACGUUUUUAGUAAUUUUUUCUAAUUUUACUGUUCAAUAGUUUUAAUUAUUUUGUUAAUUAACAACAACUUUUUAGUGUUAAUCCGCACCAAAGAUUAAAAAUGUGAUUUUAAAUUUAAGAUAAAUAAUUUACGUAGAAAAUGAGGCUAUUUUAUGUUUUAUUGUUAGAGGAAAGUAAUUUAAUUUUCAUUAAUUUAAAGAAAAGUCAUUUAAGUUUUGUUU